UCUUAGCCAAAUCUCCCACGAAAUUUAGUAGUCGAACAGUAGAGAGAGAAAAAGCGCUGGACCGUUUAACCCUGUUCUCGUUCUCACUCUCUCUUUUUCUAGAGGUAUGCUGCAAAAACCCUAGAAAAGCUCUGUCUUUGAUUUUUGAGUAGUGGAAGACUGUGAUUGUUUUUAGUAACAUUUUUUUUCUUAAUUUUGUGCUUUAUGCUGGUAAUUUGGAUAUAUAUGGUGUAAGAUUGGUUUUAGUUUACAUGCAUACUGGUGGUUAAAUGGGGAAAGGAAAACCUAGGGCUGUGGAAAAAGGAGGUUUGGGGCAGAAUUUGAGUGUUUCAGCAUCUUCGUCAUUGAGUAUACCAUCAGGACCUGUUUAUUAUCCUACUGAGGAUGAAUUUAGGGACCCUUUGGAGUAUAUUUAUAAGAUCAGGCCUGAGGCUGAACCAUAUGGGAUUUGUAAGAUUGUCCCACCAACGAGUUGGAAACCCCCAUUUGCAUUGGAUUUGAAUUCCUUCACAUUUCCUACCAAAACGCAGGCCAUUCACCAGUUGCAGGCGCGGCCUUCUUCAUGUGAUUCUAAGACUUUUGACUUGGAGUACAAUAGGUUUUUAGAGAAUCAUAGUGGUAAGAAGUUGAGAAGGAAGGUAGUUUUCGAAGGGGAGGAGUUGGAUUUGUGUAAAUUGUUUAAUGCCGCUAAGCGGUAUGGAGGGUAUGAUAAGGUUACUAAGGAGAAGAAGUGGGGGGAGGUUUUCCGCUUCGUGAGGUCCUCGAGCAAACUCUCAGAGUGUGCUAAACAUGUGUUGUCUCAGUUAUAUAGGGAACAUUUGUAUGAUUACGAGGUUUAUUACAAUCAGUUAAAUCAAGAGGUGACUAAAAAUUGUAAGAGGGGGAUGCAUGGAGAGAAGAGGAGCGAACAUAGGGCUGAACAUCCAAGCUCUAAAAGGAGGCGAAGGAAUGUUGAUGGGAAGUUUAAGGUUUGCAAGGUAGAGGAGGUGGAGGAGGAGGAGGAGGAGCAUGACCAGAUAUGUGAACAAUGCAGAAGUGGUUUGCAUGGGGAAGUGAUGCUUCUGUGUGAUAGGUGUAAUAAAGGGUGGCAUAUUUAUUGUCUCUCUCCACCUUUAAAGCAGGUUCCCCUGGGCAACUGGUACUGCUUAGAUUGCUUAAAUUCUGACAAAGAUAGCUUUGGAUUCGUGCCCGGUAAGUGUUACUCGCUUGAAGCAUUUAGACGCAUGGCUGAUCGUGCCAAGAAGAAAUGGUUUGGUUCGGGGUCACCUUCGAGGGUGCAAAUAGAAAAAAAGUUUUGGGAGAUUGUAGAGGGAUCUCUUGGUGAAGUUGAGGUUUUGUAUGGCAGUGACUUAGAUACCUCUGUCUAUGGGAGUGGUUUUCCACGUAGAAGUGAUCAGAUACCCCAGUCAGUUGAGAAUAAGGAAUGGGAUGAAUACUGUGGUAGCCCAUGGAAUCUCAAUAACUUGCCCAAGUUGGAGGGUUCAGUACUUCAAGCAGUUCAUAACAACAUUGCUGGCGUCAUGGUACCUUGGCUUUAUAUUGGGAUGCUUUUCUCAUCUUUUUGCUGGCAUUUUGAAGAUCAUUGUUUCUACUCUAUGAACUAUUUACACUGGGGAGAGCCAAAAUGUUGGUACAGUGUCCCUGGUAGUGAAGCCAAUGCUUUUGAGAAGGUGAUGCGCAAUUGUCUUCCUGAUCUUUUUGAUGCGCAACCAGAUUUACUCUUUCAGCUUGUCACCAUGUUGAAUCCAUCUGUUUUGCAAGAAAAUGGAGUCCCUGUCUAUAGCAUACUACAGGAGCCUGGAAAUUUUGUUAUUACUUUCCCCAGAUCUUACCAUGGAGGUUUUAAUCUUGGCUUAAAUUGUGCAGAGGCUGUCAAUUUUGCUCCUGCUGACUGGCUACCCCAUGGUGGCUUUGGAGCUGAGUUGUAUCAGCUUUAUCACAAAACUGCUGUUCUGUCCCAUGAGGAGCUUCUUUGUGUAGUAGCUAAGCAGGGUAAUUCUGAUAACAGAGUAUCACCUUUUUUGAAGAAAGAAUUGCUUAGGAUAUAUGCAAAGGAGAAAACCUGGAGAGAGCGGCUUUGGAAAAAUGGCAUUGUUAAAUCAUCUCAGAUGUCUCCUCGGAAAUGCCCUGAAUAUGUUGGUACUGAAGAGGAUUCAACAUGCAUUAUAUGCAAGCAGUAUCUUUAUCUCUCUGCAGUUGUUUGUCGUUGUAGGCCGUCAGCUUUUGUAUGUCUCGAGCACUGGAAGAAUCUUUGUGAAUGCAAAUCCGGCAAACUUCGUCUUCUCUAUCGCCAGUCACUGGCAGAAUUGAAUGACUUGAUAGUAGAAGUAGAUAGUCAUUGUUCUGAGGAGACUACACAUAGCAGGAAUAUACGAAGACAAACCACAUGCUCCAGUGAACCAAGUUCAUUGACCAAAAAGGUGAAAAGUGGCCAAGUUACUUUAACUCAACUUGCAGAACAGUGGCGUAUGCGUUCAUCUAAGAUUUUUCAGAAUCGUUUCUCAAGAGAUGCUUAUGUUACAGCUCUGAAGGAAGCUGAGCAAUUUCUGUGGGCUGGUUCAGAGAUGGAUCCUGUGCGUGACAUGGCAAAGAAUUUGAUUGAAGCUCGGAAAUGGGCAGAGAGUGUGAGAGCUUGCAUGUCUAAAAUUAAAAACUGGCCAAGCCAUCCGAGUGGCAGCAUAGAGAAGGUUCACAUGGAAUACAUUGAUGAGUUGCUGAGUACUAACCCUGUACCCUGUAACGAGCCUGCGUAUCGUAAAUUGAAGGUUUAUGCAGAAGAGGCUAGGGUUUUGAUACAGGAAAUUGAUACUGCUCUAUCAGCAUGCUCCAAUAUAUCUGAGUUGGAAAAUUUAUACUCUAGAGUUUGUGACUUACCAAUCAAUGUCAAAGAGAGUGAGAAAUUAUCAAAAAAGAUUUCAUCGGCUAAGGCCUGGAUGGAAAGUGUGAGAAAGUGCGUCUCUGAGAAAUGUCCUGCUGCAAUUGAGGUUGAAUUACUUCAUAAGUUGAUGAGGGAGACCUCGGAGCUUAAAUUUCAGUUUCCAGAGACAGAAAUGCUCUUGGAUCUACAUAGGCAAGCUGAAUCAUGCCGUGCACGGUGUGAUGAAAUCCUGAAAGGUCCUAUUAGUCUAAAGAAUGUGGAGUCCCUUCUUCAAGAACUAGACAACUUUACUGUCAAUGUGCCAGAGUUGAAGCUUCUGAGGCAAUACCAUGCUGAUGCUACUUUGUGGAUUUCCCGCUUUAAUGAUAUUCUCGUGAACAUCCAUGCACGGGAGGAUCAACAUAAUGUAGUUGAUGAGUUAAAUUGCCUUCUUAAAGAUGGUGCAUCUUUGAGGAUUCAAGUUGAGCAGUUGCCAUUGGUUGAGUUUGAGUUAAAGAGGGCAUGUUGCAGGGAAAAGGCCCUUAAGGCACGAAAUAGUAAAAUGCCACUAAACUUCCUUCAACAAGUGAUUAUGGAGGCUGAAGGGCUACAGAUUGAGAGGGAGAAAGUAUUUGUUGAUAUAGUUGAAGUACUUGCGGCUGCCAUGCGUUGGGAGGAAAAAGCAACAUAUAUUCUUGCACAAGAGGCUGAGAUGUCUGAGUUUGAAGAUGCUAUAAGGAGCUCGGAGGGAAUAUGUGUGAUUCUACCUUCUCUGAAUAAUGUCAAGGAGGCACUAUCAAUGGCCAUAUCCUGGUUGGAAAAUUCAAAGCCAUUUUUGGUGUCCUGUUCUUCUUCAUUUCCUGCAUCAAAACCUCUGCUUAAAUUUGAGGCCCUGAAGGAGUUAGUGUCCCAGUCAAAUCUCCUUAAGGUAACUUUGAAAGAAAGAAGGUUGCUUCAAACAAUUUUGAACAACUGCAAGGAGUGGGAGCAUGAUGCUUGCUCUCUACUGCAAGAUGCAGUGUGCCUUUUUGAUAUGGCUAACAGUGGUGAUUUUUUUGGUCGUAUUUCCAAUAUUGAGUGUUUACUUACUAGAAUUGAGUCUGCCAAAAGGAAUGGCUUAUCCCUUGGGUUUGACUUGACUGAGAUUCCAAAACUUGAAGAUGCUUGUUCUACACUUCAAUGGUGUAAAAAAGCUCUUUCUUUCUGCUCUGUUGCUCCUUCUUUUGAGGAUGUUGAGAACUUGAUGAAAGUUGCUGGACAUCUUCCUAGUACAUUUGCAACCGGUACUUGGUGGAGCUCAUUGAUGUCUGGGGUCAAAUGGCUUCAGCAAGCUUCAGAGAUAGUUUCUGCACCAUGCAGUUCUAAAAGAUGCAAGUUGAGUGAUGCUGAAGAAGUUCUUGCUAGUUCUCAGCAUGUCUGUGUCUCCUUCCCUAUGAUGGUUGGUCAACUUGAAAGUUCUAUUCAGAAACAUAAAUUAUGGCUAGAGCAAGUGCAUCAAUUUUCUAGUCUAAAACCUGAGGAACGGUCUUGGUCUCUGAUUUUAGAGCUAAAGGAAGUUGGAAUUGAUUUUGCCUUCAAUUGCUCGGAACUAGAUUUGGUUUUGUCUGAAGUCGGAAAGAUUGAGAAGUGGAAACAACUUUGCAUGGAUACGUUGGGUACUUUAAUUGGAGAUGAGAAUUCAUUGCUUGGUGCUUUACAGAAGAUAGGACAGACUCUUGAUAAAUCUUUGUACAUAUAUGACAAGACCUGGAACUCAAAAGUGAGAGAUUUAUGUCUAUGCUGCUUGGAUGAUUCUCUGGAACAGGAGACUCUUCUUUGUUCUGUCUGCAAGGACUGCUAUCAUUUGCGGUGCCUAGGACCUGCAGUUGUAGACAAAUAUUGUACUGAAGUUUAUAAAUGUCCUUACUGCCAAUAUUUGGUGAGUGGAUCGGUUUCCCAUAAUGGAGGUGGUCCUCUGAGAUUUAAAGGGAAGCGUCCAGAACUGAAUAUGCUUAGGGAACUUCUAUCCAAUGUGGAUGAUUUCUAUGUGCUUAUUGAAGAAAGAGAGAUAUUGAAGCAACUUGUGGAGAAGGCUUUGGCAUGCAAAACUCGGUUGAUGGAAAUAGUUAAUAGCGCGUUAACUUGUGUUAAUAAAGAUCUGAGUGUUAUUUCCGGAAAGCUAACUACUGCUUUAAAGGCCACAGAAGUAGCUGGUGUAUAUGAUCAUCAAGGUUUUUGCAACUUUGAGCUAGCCUUAGCAAGAAACUCAUGGAAAAUUAGAGUCGCUGCAUUACUCGAGGGUUUAAAUAAGCCCACAAUCCAACAGAUACAGCAGCAGUUAAAGGAGGGACUGGCUUUGAACAUUCCACCUGAAGAUCACUACAAACAGAGACUUAUGGAAGUGAAGCGCGUUGCAAUGCAAUGGGCAGAUUAUGCUAAGAAGGUCACAACAGAUUCUGGAGCUCUUAGCUUAGAUAAAGUUUAUCAGCUCAUUACAGAAGGGGAAAAUUUGCCCGUUUCUGUGGAGAAGGAACUGAAGUUAUUAAGAGCUCGGAGUAUGCUUUAUUGCAUUUGUCGCAAGCCAUACGACCAGCGAGCGAUGAUUGCAUGUGAUCGGUGUGAUGAGUGGUAUCACUUUGAUUGCAUUAAAUUACGCUUUCCACCUAAGAUCUACAUCUGCCCUGCAUGUGAGCCUCGAAGACAAGAGUUGCUGACACUGCCAAUGGGGGAUCAUGAGAGAUUGACCGAUUCCAAAUCGGUGGAGCCUAAAACGCCGUCUCCUCAGCACACAAAGCCGAGGAAGAGUCCUAAAAUUGCGGAGUUGAGUUCAACACGAAAGACAAUAGGCAUUGCAGAAGCAAAGGGUUUUAGUAGGUUUUCUGGUGGGAUUGAACGGCUAUGGUGGCGGAAUCGGAAGCCUUUUAGAAGGGCAGCUAAGAAGCGUGUGGAACUUGAAAGUCUCUCUCCAUUUUUCCAUUUACAACAGUGAAAAAACAUGAAGAUCAAGUAGUUAUUAGUCAUUUAAUUUAUUCAUUUGAUUCUUACUGUUUUCAGCUCAUUUAUAUUUUUAUUCACCGAAAGAAAAGCUCAUUUAUAUUUUCCUAUUCCUUAAAGAAAUAAAAUGAAAAUUUUUUUCCUUCUCA